GAGUGCCGGGCGGCGGGCGGGCGGAGCGUGCUGCGGAAGUGUGUUUGUCCGGUGGUGUCCCCGGGCGCGGACAUGGCGGGGCGGCUCCCGGCCUGUGUGGUGGACUGUGGCACCGGGUACACCAAACUGGGCUACGCGGGAAACACGGAACCGCAGUUCAUCAUCCCAUCAUGCAUCGCCAUCAAGGAGUCGGCCAAGGUGGGCGACCAGGCCCAGCGGAGGGUGAUGAAGGGCGUGGACGACCUGGACUUCUUCAUCGGGGACGAGGCCGUGGAGAAGCCCACCUACGCCACCAAGUGGCCCAUCCGCCACGGGAUCGUGGAAGACUGGGAUCUGAUGGAGCGCUUCAUGGAGCAGGUCAUCUUCAAAUACCUCCGCGCCGAGCCCGAGGACCACUACUUCCUCCUGACCGAGCCGCCGCUGAACACGCCGGAGAACCGCGAGUACACCGCGGAGAUCAUGUUUGAGUCCUUCAACGUGCCGGGCCUCUACAUCGCCGUGCAGGCCGUCCUCGCCCUGGCCGCCUCCUGGACAUCGCGCCUGGUCGGGGAGCGGACGCUGACCGGCACGGUGAUCGACAGCGGGGACGGCGUGACCCACGUCAUCCCUGUGGCCGAGGGCUACGUCAUCGGCAGCUGCAUCAAGCACAUCCCCAUCGCCGGGCGGGACAUCACCUACUUCAUCCAGCAGCUGCUCCGAGAGCGCGAGGCGGGCAUCCCCCCGGAGCAGUCCCUGGAGACCGCCAAGGCCGUCAAGGAGCGUUUCAGCUACGUUUGCCCAGACCUGGUGAAGGAGUUCAACAAGUACGACACGGACGGCUCCAAGUGGAUGAAGCAGUACACGGGCGUCAACGCCAUCUCCAAGAAGGACUUCUCCAUCGACGUCGGCUACGAGCGCUUCCUCGGACCCGAGAUCUUCUUCCACCCCGAGUUUGCGAACCCGGAUUUCACGCAGCCCAUCUCGGAGGUGGUGGACGAGGUCAUCCAGAACUGCCCCAUCGACGUGCGGCGGCCGCUCUACAAGAACAUCGUCCUGUCGGGGGGGUCCACUAUGUUCCGGGACUUUGGGCGCCGCCUCCAGCGUGACUUGAAGCGCACCGUGGACGCCCGCCUCAAGCUGAGCGAGGAGCUGAGCGGGGGCCGCCUCAAGCCGAAGCCCAUCGACGUCCAAGUGAUCACCCACCACAUGCAGCGCUACGCCGUCUGGUUCGGGGGCUCCAUGCUGGCUUCCACGCCCGAGUUCUACCAAGUGUGCCACACCAAGAAGGACUACGAGGAGAUCGGUCCCAGCAUCUGCCGCCACAACCCCGUCUUCGGGGUCAUGUCGUAGGGCCCCCCGCCCCGGCCCGGGGGCGUCCCCUCUCCCCCCCACCGCCACCGGUCCCACCCGUUCCGGAGGUCACAGACGUGACCGGGCGAAGCGCCGGGAGGCCGGGGUGGGGGGGAAACCAAACCAAAAACCACCAAACGUAUCCCGGCCGGGCCACGGCCCGCGUGAAAAUCCCCAAAUCGUCCCAAAUUUGGAUUGUCGGGGGGGGGCUUCCAUUUCCAGUAUCUCGUCGGGGAACGGAUGAGGGGCGGGGGGCGGUUGUUGGCUUCCCUCUGACCCCCUUCCCGCCCCCCAUCUUCCUCCUCUCCCCUCGAACGGGAGCCGGUUUAUAUUUCAUACUUUUUUAAUACUCGGAGACAAAACUAAGGGAAGGGGGGAAGGCCUCAGCCGGCCCCCCCAAAACAGCAGCAAAAUCCGGGGUCUCCGCCGGGCAGGGCGGCGGCAUCGGCCCCGAGUGCGAAUGAGGCCCAGCCCCGGCUUCGGCCCGGGCGAUGCCGUUUCCCAUCCAGACCCCGGAACCGCCGGAUCCGAACCCGGAGCCCAACUCCCUGGCGCUGAAGUCCCAGCAUUUUUCCUUUUCCCUCAGCCUGAACCCUUUUUUUAAAAUCUUCCCUUCCCAUUCGGGGACCAGACCUCUUCAGGGGUCAGAGGGGGCCCUUCUCUGAGUGCAGUAGCUAAGAAGAAUAUAGCUCUUUUUUUUUCAACAUUACACGCCCCGUCCAAAGCAGCGUGUAAUUUUUUAGGACACGAUGUUGAGCGCUUUUUUUCUUUUUUUGGAUACCCCCAUCCAGCCAUCGUUGGCUAUUUCCAUGCGCUUCGCCCUGUCUUUUUAUUUCGUCUUGUUUUCUUCCCCCCUAAACUGCAUUUGAGCCCCCCCCUCCUCCUCCCCAACGUCCCUUCUCCUGGGUUUUCUGGGCAGGUUAGCUAUUCAUCGCGUUUUUAAAUCCCUCUGGUUCGCGCAGCACAAAUCCGGACAAAUAAAUAUUCAAACUGCU